AUGGAAGAGAAUACACAUACCAAACUGUUGUGUGGGCUACUAAAUGCUGGCAAACUUGUACCAAAGUUAGAGAGCAUGCUGCGAAGACUGCGGGCCAUCUCCAUUCUGUUGAUGAUGCGACGUGACAACACGAGGUCUAAGAUUAUGCAUACUGUCCAUAGUUUCCAUGAGCAAUUGGCUGCAUUUGAAAAGAAGGCUUUGGAAGAAAUGGAAGAAGUAUUUAACACAAAGUCUGAAUACUUGGAUAUGUACCGAGAGUCUGUGACCAGUGACAUAGAGUCACUGCGGAGUUUAAGCACUGAAGUUGAAAGCCUGCUGAGAUAUGCUUCUGGUCCUUCAUUUAAAAAUCAUGAAGUCCAUGCCAAACGCUUGAUUGAAGUAUUCAGCUUGGUGCUAAACAACAAUGUAGUGGACUUAGAUGUGGAUGAUGAUGUUGACUGCCUGGAUUUUGUCCAAGACAUGAAAGCAGAAGAGCUACAGGGACUUGGAAAAGUUGUCUCAUAUUACCCAGAGAAUUCGCCCCCUGUGGAUGAAUUUAGAAGUACAAAUGAUGAUGAAUCAAGUGUUUUAAAAAACAGUGAUCAUCUAAGCACUGUAAAGAAAUCAAGUGUGGGAAGCUCUGAUGUUUCUUGUAAAAUAGAGAGAAUGGCUGCCAGGAAUGAACAAUUACCACAGAGAAAAUUUAAACUUGCAGGAAAAAAAUUGAAAAAUCUUAGUGAUGUCAAAAAACCUUCAGAGGGACCUAGAGAUUUGGUUACUUCAGAUGAACAGGACAAGGAGAGGGUUGAGUUAAAUCAACAAACCCUGACAUAUUCUUCUGUGGUAAAGUGUGACAUUACUCAAGCUAUCUCUGGCAUUAGCCACAAUAAAGACCAGGGGAAUAGCAGUGAAAUUGAAGACAGUUUUCUAAAACCUACAAUGACUUCUGGACCUAAAGAAUCUGAACAAGAAGUACAAUAUGUUAGCUCAGAAGACAGACAGCGAUGGAAAAAGUCUCUGGAUGAUAUGCUGACUAAUGUACCGCAGCCAACUUUCAAAGUAGCUACAGAACUGUUAAUGAAUAUCAGUAAAGUUGGUAGCCAGGACUCGUCUGAUUUGUCAGGACACAGGGAGGAGAAAGAUGAACAGCCUCAGCAACAAGACACUUCUAAAGUAGACCUUACUGUUUCAAAUGAUCAUAUGUUCAAGGAACCUGAAGGUGAGAUUGAGAAGUCUCGUAUACCACAGGUUGUCUAUCCAGAAGGGGAUGAUCAAGUUGUGACAAAUGACCUACUUUGGGAGGAGGAAAAGACUGAACCUGAUCAGGUGGUUCCAGAACCUCACCUGAAGAUUCCUGACCUCGAAAGCAGCCCUACGGAUGUUGUAGAAAGUAGCUGUGCCAAAAACAUAUCACCAACAAAUUCUGGUACAAUGCUGAAUGAUUCCAACAAGCCAGAAGCUGUUCAAGAAAGAAAGGUUGUUCCAGAAAUAGUAUCCAGCUGUUCUUUUUCAAGUAUCAGAGAGUACAUUCAGAAGAAUUACCAGAAUCAAGGUGGAGUUUCAGUGCCAGCAAAGUUGGAAGUGAAGCUUGGUCAUCCUGGUCGAGGGUCUGGAGAAUGCCUCCAUUUCCCAAUUGGAGUGACCACUGAUCUUGAUGGCAACAUUCUGGUAACAGACACUGGAAACCAUUUGGUCAAGGUCUUUGACAAGGAUGGAAUCUUCAAAUAUACCAUUGGUGAUACAAUGGUACCUGCUUUUACACGUCCCUCUGCUAUUGUAGUAAAUAAAGAGGGUAAAAUAUUUGUGAAGGAUGACGUAUGUAUCCACAAAUUUACACCCAGUGGUAGAUAUUUGUGUAGACUUGGAGCAAGGAAGUUCAACAUGCCUUAUGGAUUGGCCUUGACAUCAAAUGGUGACCUUGUUACAUUGGAUGUAUGUCCUGGAAACUCACGGGUUUUCAUCAUCUCUCCAGAUGGAUUUUAUGGGACCUGCUACCCAUUUGGACCCCUUAUAAACUUAAAUUAUGAGAGCAAGUGCAGAUUUUUGACUGUACACAACGACAUACUCUAUGUUUCUGACCUUGGUUGUAACUGUGUAUACAUCACUGAUCUGUUUGGAUGUCUGCUCCACACCAUUGGUCACUCUGGACACAGACUGGGCCUCUUUUCACAUGCAGCCGGUAUUUCUGUGGAUAAAGAUGGACACAUCAUUGUGGCAGACAGUAGGAAUGAACGGAUCCAGAUCUUUAUGUCAAAUGGAAGAUUCCUUGGUGUUUUAUCUUUGAGUGACCCACAUAUUCGUCCUUCUGACAUCCACCUCACACCAGAUGGACGACUAAUAAUGGUCAAUUUCACAAAUCAUGAAGUCAGAGUUUACAGACUUUGUGUGAAAUGA